AUGGCUGAAAAUAAAUCGAAACGUCAAUUUAUCAAACAAACUCAUAAUUCAUCUGAUCAUAUACGAAUACCAAGACAACCUAAAAAACCAGAAAGAGCAGACAACAUUUUAUAUGUAUGUUCUAAGACCAAUAUUAAGGCACAAUUGGAAAAGUGUAAUAAGCUGGUAAACAACAGGGAAAAUGAAAUUAUUAUUUAUUGUAUGGGAGCAGCUAUUCAAAGAGGAAUUUUAUUAGCUCUUCAAAUAUGCGAAGAAAAUAUUGCAUAUAAGUUACAUACAAAUACUCUUACUACUGAACUAAUAGAUGAUCUGGAGCCAGCUGUAGAUGAUGCAGAUUAUGAUAUCCAAAGGAGAUUUAACUCUGCUCUAAGAAUUAGAAUUUUUAAUUCUAAUUCAAUUGAAUAA